CGCCCCGGGAGUCCGGGGCGAGCAGGCGGGGAGGGAAGGGCGCGUCCACGCGUCGGCAGUUGUCGCCUCGCAGCGGCGCCCUCCUGCUUCAGCACCUCACGCUGUCCGCUGCUGCAGCUGCCUCUUCUUCCAGGUGCCGGCUAUUCUGAUGCUGAGUUUCCAAUUGCCUUGAUUAAAGUAGAAACACCCUAUGGCUUGGAUGGCUUACAUUUCAAAUUGGUUUGAGCAAGAUGAUUGGUAUGAAGGACUACAAAGAGCAAACAUGUCCCAGGUAAGGCAAGUGGGAUUGCUGGCUGCUGGAUGUCAGCCAUGGAACAAGGAUGUCUGUGCUGCCAGUGGAGACAGGUUUGCGUAUUGUGCGACCCUGGCUAUCUAUAUUUAUCAGUUGGAUCACCGUUAUAAUGAAUUCAAACUUCAUGCAAUUAUGUCUGAACAUAAAAAAACAAUCACAGCAAUUUCUUGGUGUCCACAUAAUCCUGAUCUAUUUGCAAGUGGCAGUACUGAUAAUUUAGUGAUCAUUUGGAAUGUUGCAGAACAAAAAGUCAUUGCUAAACUCGACAGUACAAAAGGGAUCCCUGCUUCUCUGAACUGGAGCUGGAAUGCAGAUGAUGUGGUGGCAUUUGUUUCCCACAGAGGCCCGCUGUUCAUUUGGACCAUCUCAGGACCAGACAGUGGAGUGACUGUACACAAAGAAGCUCAUAGCUUCUUGUCUGACAUCUGUAUAUUCAGAUGGCAUACACACAAAAAGGGGAAAGUUGCGUUUGGUCAUAUUGAUGGAAGUCUGUCGAUUUUUCAGCCAGGUAAUAAAAAUCAGAAGCAUGUUUUGAGACCUGAAUCCCUUGAAGGGACAGAUGAAGAGGAUCCAGUUAUGGCUUUGGAAUGGGACCCACUAUCUACUGAUUAUCUUCUAGUAGUUAAUUUGCAUUAUGGAAUUCGCCUGGUAGAUUCCGAAUCACUUUCUUGCAUAACAACAUUUCAUCUUCCCAGUGCUGCAGCUUCUGUACAGUGCUUAGCCUGGGUUCCCAGUGCUCCUGGGAUGUUUGUAACUGGAGAUUCUCAAGUGGGUGUUUUACGCAUUUGGAAUGUUUCAAGAACAACACCUAUUGAUAAUCUGAAAUUAAAGAAAACAGGAUUUCACUGCUUACAUGUGCUUAAUUCUCCUCCAAGAAAAAAAUUUUCAGUUCAAUCUCCAGCCAAAAAUCAUUAUACGUCCUCAACAAGUGAAGCAGUUCCACCCCCAACUUUGACACACAAUCAAGCAUUUUCUCUUCCUCCUGGUCAUGCAGUGUGUUGUUUCUUGGAUGGUGGAGUUGGACUUUAUGAUAUGGGAGCUAAGAAGUGGGACUUUCUUAGAGACUUGGGACAUGUGGAAACUAUCUUUGACUGCAAAUUCAAACCUGAUGAUCCUAAUCUUUUAGCAACAGCUUCAUUUGAUGGCACGAUAAAAGUGUGGGAUAUAAACACCUUAACAGCAGUGUACACAUCCCCGGGUAAUGAAGGUGUUAUUUAUUCCCUUUCAUGGGCUCCAGGUGGUUUAAAUUGUAUUGCUGGGGGAACUUCCCGAAAUGGUGCUUUUAUUUGGAAUGUUCAAAAAGGCAAAAUUAUACAACGAUUUAAUGAGCAUGGAACAAAUGGAAUAUUCUGCAUUGCCUGGAGUCAUAAAGAUUCUAAAAGAAUAGCAACCUGCAGCAAUGAUGGUUUCUGUAUCAUUCGAACAAUUGAUGGUAAAGUGCUACACAAAUAUAAGCAUCCAGCUGCCGUGUUUGGUUGUGACUGGAGCCAAAACAAUAAAGACAUGAUAGCCACUGGCUGUGAAGACACAAAUGUUCGUGUUUAUUAUGUAGCCACCAGCUCAGAUCAACCACUGAAAGUAUUUAGUGGGCAUACAGCAAAAGUGUUUCACGUUAAAUGGUCUCCUCUGAGGGAGGGAAUUCUUUGCAGUGGUUCUGAUGAUGGUACUGUUCGAAUCUGGGAUUAUACUCAAGAUGCGUGCAUAAGUAUUCUUAGUGGACACACUGCACCUGUGAGGGGAUUAAUGUGGAACACUGAGAUUCCAUAUCUGCUAGUAUCUGGCAGCUGGGACUAUACUAUAAAAGUAUGGGACACACGAGAAGGAACUUGUUUGGAUACUGUGUACGAUCAUGGUGCAGAUGUGUAUGGUUUAACCUGCCAUCCCAGUCGCCCCUUCACUAUGGCCUCUUGCUCCCGUGAUUCUACAGUGAGACUCUGGUCAUUAACACCCUUAAUCACUCCUGUACAAAUAAAUAUUUUGGCAGACAGAUCUUGGGAAGAAAUUAUUGGGAACACUGAUUAUGCUAUAGAACCAGGCACUCCUCCUCUACUGUGUGGUAAAGCGUCAAGAGAUAUUAGACAAGAAAUAGAAAAACUAACUGGUAAUUCUCGAAUGAAAAAACUAAGAUGGUUUUCAGAAUGUUUAUCCCCUCCAGGUGGCAGUGACAAUGUAUGGAACUUGGUUGCUGUGAUAAAAGGACAGGAUGAUAGCUUACUUCCUCAGAACUACUGCAAAGGAAUAAUGCAUUUGAAACAUCUGAUUAAAUUUAGAACAUCUGAAGCUCAAGAACUAACAACAGUCAAGAUGUCCAAAUUUGGUGGUGGUAUUGGUGUGCCUACUAAAGAGGAAAGACUGAAGGAAGCUGCUGAAAUCCACUUGAGAUUAGGACAAAUUCAGAGAUACUGUGAACUUAUGGUUGAACUUGGAGAGUGGGACAAAGCCCUGUCAGUUGCGCCGGGGGUCUCUGUGAAAUACUGGAAGAAGUUAAUGCAGCGGAGAGCUGACCAGUUAAUCCAGGAAGAUAAGGAUGAUGUCAUUCCAUACUGCAUAGCCACUGGCGAUGUGAAAAAACUAGUUCAUUUUUUCAUGUCAAGAGGUCAGCUUAAAGAAGCUCUGCUUGUUGCACAGGCUUCUUGUGAAGGAAAUAUGCAAACCUUACAUGUUUCUACACCUAACGGAGCUUCAUAUUCUGAUGAUAUCUACAAGGAGGACUUCAAUGAACUCCUGCACACAGUCAGUCAAGAACUGGCAGAAUGGUAUUUUCAAGACGGCCGGGCAGCCCUAGCUGCAUGUUGCCAUCUUGCCGUAGAUAAUAUUGAGCUUGCUAUGGCAUACCUGAUUCGUGGAAAUGAACUGGAGUUGGCAGUCUGUGUGGGCACAGUACUAGGAGAGUCUGCAGCACCAGCAACCCACUAUGCCCUAGAAUUACUGGCAAGAAAGUGCAUGAUGAUUUCAGUAUGCUUUCCAUCUGUUGGAUACAGGAAUUUGGCAGCCGAUCUUCUCCUGAUGAUUCCUGAUAAUGAACUACAUUUAAUAAAACUCUGUGCUUUCUACCCAGGGUGUACUGAAGAGAUAAAUGACCUUCACGAUAAGUGUAAGCUACCCACAGUCGAAGAAUGUAUGCAGUUAGCUGAGACAGCCCAUGUAGAUGACAAUAUCUUUGAAACUGUAAAAUAUUACUUGUUAAGUCAAGAACCUGAAAAAGCCCUUCCUAUUGGUAUUAGCUUUGUUAAAGAACACAUCAGUAGUUCAGACUGGACUUUGGAUACCAUAUACCCUGUUCUUGACCUAUUGAGCUAUAUUCGUACUGAAAAAUUACUCUUGCAUACAUAUACUGAAGCUCGAAAUGAGUUGCUAAUACUAUGUGGUUACAUUGGUGCAUUAUUGGCUAUCAGAAGGCAGUACCAAAGCAUUGUUCCAGCGCUUUAUGAGUACACGAGUCAGCUAUUAAAACGUCGGGAGGUGUCAGUACCUUUAAAAAUUGAAUAUCUUUCUGAGGAAUUGGAUGCAUGGAGAGCUUGUACACAGUCCACCAACAGAUCAUUAGAAGAUUCUCCGUAUACACCCCCUUCUGAUUCACAAAGAAUGGUUUAUGCAACUUUAUUAAAGAGACUAAAAGAAGAGUCACUGAAAGGAAUUAUUGGACCAGACUACGUCACUGGAUCAAAUCUUCCAAGUCAUUCUGAUAUUCACAUUUCUUGUCUUACAGGAUUAAAAAUCCAGGGCCCUGUAUUUUUUCUUGAAGAUGGGAAAUCUACUAUCUCCUUGAAUGAUGCUUUGAUGUGGGCAAAGGUGAAUCCAUUCUCACCGUUAGGGACUGGAAUACGACUCAAUCCAUUCUGAUAGAAGAUAUUUUUUCCAUGCUUAAUUUUUUUUAAAAAAGAAAAACUUUCAUUGGUUAGUAUUACCUUAAUCUUGUUCAAGCACCAGAAGUUGGGAGGAGGAUUGCAGGUUGGGAGAUGCGGGAAAUAAGUCAAUUUUAUUCUUUCACUUUAAAAAUUAAAAUAUAUAUAUAACUUAAAGGAAAAAUAAAUGCCUCCUUUAUAAAUAGCAAUAGCUACGUUUGGGAAGGAGGAAACACUUAAACUAUAAAGGACUGAAUAAAAAGCAUAUAAAAGUUUCACACAGCAUAAAAGCUACCAAAAUAUCAUAUUGUUGAAAUAUUGAAACAAAUUAAAUUGUGCGACACCUAGAAUAGUGCUAGACAUACGUUACAUACUUAAUGGAUAUUUGAAUGAAUAUCUUGAAAUAUCAAAAUAUAAGGUGUACGCAAUGAUCAUCAACUUAAACUUAUGUUCUCCUUUAUAAAAUGCAUAGUAAACUACUAACGUUAGCUAUUUAAUAAAAGUUUUCAAUUAUGAAUUUAGUAAAUAUUAAUAAAUGGAUACACAGUCAAAAUACAUUUUUAAAAAAUUACUAGUUUUUUUAUCUGAAGUUUAACUGUUCAAUUGUAAAGGUGAAAGUUAUAUAGGCAUGAAAAGAAUUUAGGGUUAAAAAUCACAAAAUGCAGUCGACUAUAUAUAUGAAAACUUGCGUUAGGAGAUAAAGUGAAUAUUUUAAGAGAUUUGGCAUGCAUGGACAUUAGUUUUGAUUAAUCCAUAUAAUUGCACCGUAUACUCUAGUCAAUUUAUAUUAACUUUAUUUAAAACACAAUUUAUUUGGCUGGGCGUGGUGGCUUACGCCUGUAAUCCCAGCACUUUGGGAGGCCGAGGCUGGCGGAUCACCUGAGGUCAGGAGUUUGAGACCAGCCUGGCCAACAUGGUGAAACCCCGUCUCUACUGAAAAUACAAAAAUUAGCCAGACUUGGUGGCAGGCACCUGUAAUCCCAGCCACUCAAGAGGCUGAGACAGGAGAAUCACUUGAACCUGGGAAGCGGAGGUUGCAGUGAGCUGAGAACAUGCCACUGCACUCCAGCCAGGGCAACAAAGAGUGAAACUCCAUCUCAAAAAAAAAAAGGAAAAACAAACACACAUGCAAUUUAUUUGAUGAAAAUUCGUUUUAAAUAAAUGUUUGUAAACAGAUACUGGUUGAAUUUUUAGAUAUGUCAAUUUAACUUUUAAAAAGUUUUUUUUAAGUGCAAAGCUAUGAAAAGGCUGAUAUGUGACUACAUAAAUUUCAGUUGGACUAGAAUUCUGACUUUGAAACUUAUUAAAUUAAUGCAUACUAAAAGAACUUUGAUACUCAAGUUGUUUUACGAGAUUUGUAAUAUAGAUGUUUUUGUCUGACUAAAGGGUAAUCUCAUAUAACUAGAAUAUUUGUGGCUUUUAUUAUCUUUAAACUUGUUGCAUUUAAAAUGUUUUUAAAACCUUAACAAAACUUCUUAAAACUGGAAAAAAAUAUAUAUUAUAUAUCUAUGUAUCAUACUGAUCACAUAGACCACUUUUAAUUCCCAAAAAGACAUUACAAACUUAAAUUCCAUUUUAUAAAAACCAGUAAUAAAUAUUAUAGAAGAGAAUAUAUGUAACUCAGAGAUGCAAUGGAUAAUAAAAAGAGUACCUGAGAAGUAUUUUUGUAAACUCUUAUUAAUAUCCCUAACUUAAAUUUUUCUCAGAUGAGGAGGAUUAUUAACUGGCACCUAUGUACUAAAAACCCCUCACUUAAAAAUGGCAGUCUCAAUCCUACUGUCAUUGUUUUAAAAUAAGCCUAUCUUUUUUGUGCUUAAAUACUUCAAAGGAUAUCAUUAGGUAUAUAAACAAUCAUUACUUUCUUCUGUAUUUUUAAUGAAUGUAGGAAUAUAAUAUUUUUAUGCAUACAAGAUGAAAAAAAUUUGCAAGUCUUUCAACACAUAAAUACAGUAGAAGAGCAACCCAAUUUCUGUCUGAUUUCUAAAUUGGGUUGAUCUGACCAUCAUUCUACUAUCUUUGAUUUCUACAAUGUCUAUAUCUUAUUAAUUAUAACUAUUGGUUUUUCAUAGAAUUACGUCAUUUGACACUGUCAAUCUGUAUAUAUUGUGCCUUAAUAUGAAAAACAAAUUUUUUAAUUUAUAGAAGUAUUUUAUUAGAUUUCAUAUGCAUGAAACCCAAGCAAAUAAUAUGAAUUUAUUUUACUAUCUGAAAAUGUUGAUAUUACCAAUAAUGGGGACAAAUUACUUUGCAGAUUUAAAUAUGCCUCUAUAAAGGAAGAGUCUCAUUAGACAGUGAUUUGUAAAGCAUUGGGAAAAUAUUUUGCCUGUAAAAGUUAGCAGUUACCACGUGGUUCACAAAAUUACAACAUCAAAAUAGUUACAUCUUGUGAAAAUAUAUGAUUUUAAUGUCAAUUAAGACAAAUGAAAUAUAUAUGUAUAUAUAUGCACAUGUAUAUAUGAAAUAUGUGUAUGUAUGUGUAUAUACAUAUAUUUCUGUGAAAUUGUCCAGAUAUUCAGGAACAUGAUGGUAUUGGAGCAAUGACUGUAUUGUGUUGUUCCUUAUAACAUUUAUAUGCUUUUGAUUUUAAGUCAAAAGGUAUUCUGAAUAUAAAGCCUCACAAAUUAUUUGUAAAAUUUAGUGAUUCAUAUUUAGUAUAUCAGUAAUGUAGAAGACAUCUUUAUAGUCAGCUCUUAAUGUUUAUUGUACCAAAUCUUUGAGAUAUCUGUACCUAAAUGAAAUAUGUACUUUCAUGCUAAAAUUAUAUAUCCUGUCUGUGCUAUAAUUUGGCCAUGUCAUUAUCUAGAUUUAUAUGUAUGUAUGUAUUUCGGGUCCUUUAAAUCUUAAUAAAUAUUACUGUUACAUUUCGAUAU